UUUACUCUCUAGAGUUUUCUUAAAGGUUGACGUUACCGACACCAUGGCGUUCAUUUCCAGUGAAAUGAUUUCAUGUAUUUUACUGUCAUUUCUCAUUUCAUUCAUAGAAGGAAGAUUUGAUUACCAUUAUGUGACAUGUGGAUCUACAUUAAAACUAUUUAAUCCAUACCACAAUAUACGGCUACACUCCCAUGAUGUCAAGUAUGGGUCAGGCAGUGGUCAACAGUCUGUAACAGGUGUAGAAGCUUCAGAUGAUCACAAUAGUUACUGGCAGGUUAUAGGAAAAACAGGGAAACAAUGUGAAAGAGGACAGCCAAUCAAAUGUGGACAGACAAUAAGAUUGUUACAUCUCAAUACCAACAGGAAUUUGCAUAGUCACCAUUUCCAGUCACCGUUGUCAAGAAAUUUAGAAGUAACAGCAUUUGGAGAAAAUGGUGUAGGAGAUGAAGGUGAUCACUGGGUCAUUAUAUGUUCUGGUAAUUACUGGGACAGAAACCAAAAAGUCAGGAUUAAAAAUGUAGUGACAGAAAACUAUUUACAUGUAACUGGUGACACUUUUGGUCGACCAAUCCAUGGACAAAAAGAGAUUUGUGCCUACCCUUCGCCAAGUGAACUGAAUUAUUGGCAGGCUGCCGAGGGAAUCUUUAUAAAGCCAUCAGAAUCUCCAGUCCCGACAGUCAGAACACCGGCACAUGAUGAAUUUUGAUUUCACCUUUAUUAGAUGGACUUUAACGAUUUACUAUUUUUGGUUACUGUAAAUUCAGAAAUUAUUGCUGUGUUUUUAUUAAUGCGAAAAAUGCUUAAUAAUAAACACUAACAUUCAUAAUGUCAUUAGUAAAUUUCCUUCACAAAAUUUUUGCAAUUGCCUUAAUUAAAUCUGGCAUUUUUGCUAGUUAUCUAACAAUAAUAAAUGCACACAUUAAUUUCUAAAUUUACAGUAUUUUAUGAAGUUUUUCUGGAUACUGUAAUUCCAAAAGUCUCAGAUUUUACUUGAUGUUCAUUCCAAUUAAAUCUAAAUAAUAACUGUUCCAAAGUUUCAUUGGUUCUCUUGUUUUGAAGUUCUUCUCAUAUUUCCUGAAUGUUUGGUCCAGUUAAAAAAAAAAAAAAUCACUUGACCAAUAUUUAACAAAACUUUUGUCAACUGACCUGCCAAUAACCGGUGGUCAAUGGAAUGCUGGUCAGUCAGAUACCUUUGUAUUUACAAGACUUUUUCAAAAGAUCAAAUAGCAAGAAUGGAAAAAAUGACCAUGUAGAAAAUUUAGUAUGAGCACUGACAUUUUAACUCAUGUUGUAGUUGUACUAGGAAAAUGUGUUUGAGGGGAUGUAACUCUCUGUAAAAAGUGUGACUGGUAGGUUUAGUUGUAUCAUUGGAGCAAAGUACAUUGUAAUCGAACAAGCUGGGUACAACAUUGUAAUACUUGUUUGAUUAAACUUUAUGAUUUUUAUUAAUUAUAUUUCUUCAAUUAAAUGUUGUUACAAAAUUAUCAUAUAUUUUCACACAUCGUCUUCGUUAUUCUAUAAUUUAAAAAGAAUUUACUCACAAUGUAAUUCUUUUUACAGGUUUUUUUUUUACUUUUCAUAUUCAUUCUCACACAUUUUGACCAUAAGUUGAUGAUUGAAUCCAAAUUUUCUUUAUAACGACAGCUUUCAAUACAUGUCACAAUGUGUAUAAUUAUCAAAUCGGACGCUUUGUUUUCUACUGUAAACAAACUUGUAUUUUCUAAAAAAAAAAAUAAUUAAGUCCUUUCAAACAAACUUUGUUUUAAUUCAGAAAGAAGAUUCAAAUUUGACAUAUUUGAGUUAUUUUUGUACUAAUAAAGGAAAGUUGUGAAAAUACAAUGCUCCUGAAAAUUAGUUGGUUUACAAUAUUUCAUACAGCAAAUUGUUGUCUUGCUUUUUUUUGUCUUACCAGAGAGGGAUAUUAUAUUUCUAUAGGAUAUAUUUGUACAUGUUUUUGAAUGUUUUUUUUUUUUUUUUUUUUACCAGUUGAAGUUUAUAUUUUUAAUGUAAAUCGUAAGCUUAACCUGUUGUGAUGCAAAAGUUAAAUGUGGGAAAUCUUAGAAUCUGGUCAUUAAAACAUUCAUGAAUCUAAUUGUAUGGACAUACAAUGUUGUAUUGUUGAGUGUUUGAAUUGAAGAAAAUGUUCAUAAUAUCAAUGUUGCUGUUUAAAUUUGGUAAUUUAUUAUAGAAUAUAAGUAGAAUUUAUUUUAUCACAAAUACAUGUAUUGAGAUUUAUGGUUGAAGUAUGAUUCCACCUACAAGAAUGUAAUAAAAAUUGUUAUUUUAAAUCCAUCCUUUUACUAUAUAUAUAUAUAUAUAUAAAGAUUGCCUAACAAUGUAAUUUUAACACACUAUUUAGUAUGUAAAUAUAAGAAUGUUUAAAAUAUUUACAAAACGAUGAAAAUAAACGCAAUAUUUCGCUAGACUAACUAGCUUUAUCAAGCGUGCAUCUAUCCAGGUGAAAUCGGAUGUAGAUGAUAAGAAACUUUUCUUUAAAAUUACAUUGUUAGGCAAUCUAUAAUUUUAUUUGUGUAAUUGAAUUAAUCUCUGUACUGAUUAAUCCACACUCCCAUAGAUUUGUAUGUCACGUGCUGCUAUUUAUAGGCACUUAUAUAUAUAUAUAUGUAUAGAUUCUACCUAUAAAAGGAGAAUAUUAAUAUUAUGCACUUAUAUGUGAAAAGGUGAUGUACAUUGACCAUUCAGAUCAGAAAGGAUAUUAAGUUCUUACAAAAAAAUAUUCUGUCAUGUUUUUGUUAAGAGAAUUUUUUGGAACAAGUUAAAAUGAGGGUAUAAAUGAUUAGCUUAUUGUGUGUCAGAUUGUAUAUGUCUUGCUUAUAAAUUAUACUAACAAUUGAAAUAAACUAUUUUAUAUA